AUGAUGGAAAACUCUCCUUGCGCGGUAGACCAGGGAAGUUCUCCUUAUGAAUCUCCUGUUGCGGCGGAGAGUGGGCGGCGCAGCCGCGGUUUUUAUGUGUGGGUAUUUCUUUGUCAGCUUCUGACUCUGCUGUGGAAGGAGUCUCUUGAGCGUGCGCGCCGGCCGUGGAAGGCGGUGAUGGAGAUUUUGGCGCCGGCAGUCAUGAUUUUCAUUCUUUUCUACGCCGUAGAACUGAGCCCUGUCGUGUGGAUCGACUCGUUUAACCACUCACGUCUGCCGGAUGUGACGUUCCAACACAAAAUUCCCAAUGAGAGCCUCGUCACCAACGACUGGGAGGCGGAUUUGGAGGCGGUUAGUCAGUGGCGUGGUGUGUUUUCCGAAUUGAACAUGACCUCUUUUUUUCACGACUACGCCUUGACACUGGCGGAGCUGCGCGAACUCACGAACAAUCGUUACCGCCACAGUCGUGCUGGAAGGGCGUGGAACGCGUCGAGGAUACGGCGAGAGGUGGCACGCGCACUUCUCUCGAAUCGUUACGCCGCAUCACCCUUUCAGGUCCCAACGUUGGACCGAUACGCAUCCAUGAUGGAGGCAGCUCGUGUUGCCAUUGGAGAACGGGGGAUAAAGCGCAUGAUGCAUGAUGAGCCCCUUAUUAAAUUUAUUUUUUAUCCUGGAAAGCUGGCGUUUGCUGUCGGAGAAAGCGGAAACCCGGAGCUCGCAACGGCAGGGGAGAAGCUUGUCGAAUAUCUUAACGUGACGACCAAGUUCUUUGCUUCGACUAUCAUUUGUCAAUCCGACAUUUUUGGAGGGGAAAACAGCACCUGCGUCUUUGACAAUGUGUCGAGGGCAAUGUCACUGCUGGGAACGGCAGACGCUCGGCAGGGACAGGCACUGUGGGCCCUCGUACGAUUGGACCAAGUCACGGUGCAACCUCCUGAAUUCCGUUACAGUAUUUUUGUCAACGAAGCGGCCAUGCAAACUCGGAAGACGCUGGAGACGUUUGCGCAGGGCCUGGGAAAGGAGUACGCCAAUUACGCCUACAACGGGGUGUUGUCGCUUCAGUACGAACUCAAUACGUACUUCACUUCCCUCGCCGCUUCCCCACGGGCGCGUGAAAAUUUGCCAUUGACCCCUUUUGCGGAUUAUAUUUGUAGUGCCGCCCCGACCGUGCAUAACGCAACCAAAGACAUGUUUGAAGCGCCACUGAAUACGACUCAACGCGAAACAAUUGAAAGGGCUGCUGCUCAUGGACCUAUUCUAACUAUUUCUGCAGAACCCUUCACGGAGUUGAAUGCUAUGUAUGCCCCCUGCCUAUAUGAAGUGGGGGCAUUUUGUGAAGAUGCCAACAACACAGAGCUUCUCUUGAAAUGUCUUGAGGAAUUGGACGCAGCAGGGACGAACAUGUCGCUGGUCUGUCACAGCGCAUUGGAAUUUAUUAAAAAGUGUCCUCUCGAGGCUAAGGUGUGUGAGGACGGUAACGCAUAUGAGCUUCUUACCGCGAUUCCGUCUGCAUUGCCUAAAUGUGCGGAAGCUAUUUCUUCCGCGUGCCCUGGAAACCAUUUUCUUCAAACAGUGCAGCAAACGAUGUUGACGGCUAAAUGCUCUUAUAUUAUCAUGGAUAUAUGUUCUUCGGAGGGCAUAAAAACGAAUAAUAUUCAGAUGUGUAUGAAGAAGAUCAACAAGAAACCCAGUCUUAUUCCUGGGGAGUGUCGCAUGGUUACGGAUACUCUUUUAGCAUGUGAAGAUGAGUAUGAAUCAAUCUGUCCAUUGGAUGAGGCAUUUCAAAAUGGCAUGCUUCCAUUCGCAUGUCUUUACUUGAACUCACGUCUUUUCAGCUCUAGCUGCAAGGCUACAGAAUUUGUAAAGGAUAUUUUGCCGAAGUUGUUUUCUCGUAAGGCCGUGCGGCAGAUGGUUCCUGCCGCCACAUACUACUGUCGGGAGGUACAUGAUAUCUAUAAAACUUUGGUAAACGGUGUGGUGGUUCAGGCAUUUCCCACAAAUGGAUAUUAUCAACGGAUGUUCUUCUUAACGGGAGGGCCGUUUGUGGGGUUGGUGAUGGCCAUUGCAUUUUACUUUCCAUUUGCGGCCAUUGUGCAAUCCAUUGUGCACGAACGGGAGACAUGGCAAAAAAAGUACCUCAUUCUUAUUGGGGUGCAUCCCAUAGCAAUAUUAGUGAGUAAACUUCUUAUGGCUUUCGGUAUCUCCAUUACCGCAUCUGUUUUUCUGACAAUUGCUGUGGCGUUUUGUAUUGACAUACCGACUUCAACUCUGUACACCUUGGUCUACAUGUAUUCUCUGAGUCUUUGUGCUUUGGCGUUUGUCAUUGGAGUAAUUGUGCCAGGAGAGCGUGCGGCCAUCGUCGCAACACCGUUUAUUCUCUUUCUCUUUGUCACACCUGCUCUUGUCGACGGUCGACCCACAGAACUGGGUGGCGCAUCCAUGCUACUCCCACCGACGGUUUUUGCCAAGGCAAUUGCAUAUUACACCCAAGUCGCUCAGUUGGACCAGAACCACAUCACACAAUCAAACAGACUUCAAGAGGCAACAUGGGCCCUUUUUGGUCUGUUAAUGUUGUAUUUGGUCUUGGCAUUUAUCUUGGAACAUUUAUUUAUUCCCAAUUCGGCUCUAGAACGCCUAUUUCGACGCUGCACAUCUUACGUGGGAUCUGUGGACAAGUAUGUGGAGCAACAAAGCCAUCGCAUUGCACAAUUUUAUAAAAGGAAUGAAGUGCCGUCUUCCAGCGCUGCUCCAGUACACGCUGGAGAAGCUGAUGAAGAGGGAACAGAUACACGCAAGGUUCAGGAAUCAAAUAUGGAGUUCAAUAUUGGUGGAGUCAGCAAUACAGCCAGAAGUAAUGCGGUCGAAGGAGGCCCCUCGAUUGAUUUUCAAUAUCAUUCAGAAGCUGGAAGGGAACCCGGAACUCGUUCGGUUGAAAAUGCUCAGGAGGCGGGCGCCCCAAUUAUUUCUUCAGCGAAGCAAGAGUCUGGUGCUCCAUCACAGUCGCAAGUUUCUCCACCGGUUCCGAGUGAUUGGUAUGCAUCUAUCACCGUCCGUGAUCUCUUUCACACCGCCGUGGGAAAAUUUCCGAUGUUGUACGUCCCACGUGCAGAUUUUUACCGAAACCGACUUAAUUGCAUCAUAGGUGAAGCCGUUUCUGGAAAGAGUCGCCUGUUGGAAACUUUGAUGGGAGCAUGUGAUUUGCCUCAGGGUGAAGUUCGGAUAGAUGGGAAAAACGUUUGGUCCUGUCGGCGUAAUGAUAUUGGAGUCUGUCUCCAGAAAAGUGUCUUUUGGGAGAAUUUAACUGUUCCUGAAAACAUUCGCUUUGUUCAACUACUGAAAGGGCACAUAUCUGAUCCUGCCGAGUUGAGAGCGGAGGAGAAAAUACUCCUUUCUGCAAUGCAACUUACAGAUUUGCGUCGUGAACGGGCUGGACGCCUAACGACUGGAGUGGCCCGGAAGCUUGCUGUUGCCAUGGCCCUGGCUGGUGGAUCGCAUACGAUAUUUUUUGACGAACCAACUGCCUCCACGGAUAUUUCAUCACGACAAGAAAUUUGGCAUCUUCUUUCUCAGAAUGCGAGGGGACGAUGUAUUGUCGUCUCCACCAGUGAAGUGGAGGACGUGGAUGUCUUUGCUGACCAUAUUACUGUUCUUCACGGCGGGAGAGUCUGCCUCACAGGAACUCCCGAAUACCUUCGAUGGAAACUAAGAGGUGGUUGGGUUGUGACUGUCUGUCGUGCUGCAAAUACUGAACUGGAAACCAUUUUAAAUCGAGUUCGCUCCGUGGCUCCAGAUGCGAUACUCGUAAGUAAUGUUGGCCACGAAAUAUCUUUUCAGGUGACGGAACGUGUUGCCCUUCAUACACUGCCGGUUAUGCUGACGGAAUUGAGGUCCGCGAGGGAGUCCGGUCUCAUCUCAAACAUCACCGUUUCAGAUGCAAGCUUGGGUGAGUCCUUUGUCCGCUUAACACGCAUGUUGAAUCUUCGAGAGUCUCAUGAUCUCCAUGACCCAGCAACAGAAGGUCCCGUAGCGGAAGACGCCUACGCGUUGAUGCCAUCCGCUUCCGAGAGAGAAAUAAACGACAGCGUUCUGGUAGAAAGAGGCAUGGUGGGCUCCAGCGAGGAACGUGGGGCACGUGAUCCGAAAGUGUUCGUUCGUGCUUUUUUGGCCCUCUUUGGUUUUCGUUUAUUUGAAUCCUUAUUGAGUCCUCACUAUGGAUUGAUCAUGACGCUGGUGCCACUUCUGACGUUUUUAGCUGGGACUUCAUCAUUGGAUAGGAGUUUGAAUCUGAGGAGGAUUGGUAAUGUUUCUGUUCUUAACUGGCAGUUACAUUCUUACCCAAGCGAUACGUUUUACAUUGACUUUAAUAUGAACGGAUCACCCUACCAAUCCAUUGUCGAGCGGUUACCUUCCAUUACCAUACCCGGGACACGUACCAAAUUUUAUCCAUUAAAUGAUACAUCCCUGCCUCCGACAGAAAAGAGCAGUGUGGGCGUCGAUCGGUUUUUGGCGCAGCGUCGUUUGUCAACGGAGACAUUUGCCUUUGGUGCCUUUGCAUUGCAAGGGCCGAUUGUAGAUGUGGUGAACAGCGCAGCCCAGCCCUCAUUAUUUCCAUGGGUGACGGAUGUUUUGCUCUGUAACACCUCGUAUCCGCUAAGUCCAUUGGCAUAUAUGGAGUUGUUGGGAAUGAUGCGGCUUUGGGUCGCACGUAAUGAGACAACAGGAAUUAUCAGUGCCUCUGUUGGCGUGUUGAGCGAAAAUGAUUUUAUGGGCAAAGUACGUAAGAAUUUACCAACGACAUCUGUUGAUGUCAUGGGUACACUUUUGCUAUUGCUUCCAUUUGCAUUUUACGGUAGUCGAAUGGUCACGGCUCUUGUUGAGCAGCGUCGUACCGGAUUUCUUCAGGUGCUUUACAGUUCGUCACUUCGGCCGGUUGCGUUUUGGAUGGCAAACUUCACAUACGACUUUUUUACUUUUUUUAUUUUGGUGCUUAUUACCAUUUUUUUGUUUGCCUCCAACCAUAUUUCCCGUGGCAUGACUUUGGGUAAUUUGCUUGCUAUUUUUGGCGUUAUGGUCGUGUUUGGCUCCAGUACGAUCAUGCUAUCUUAUUUUCUAAGCCGGUUUUUUAAAAACGGCAUUACGGCUCAGUAUUUUAUUACGGUAUUUACAAUAUUUACAGGUUUUGCCUUUUUGAUUUCGUCAUGCACAGUGCGUUUCUUACCGAUAAAUCCUCUGACAUGUUCUGCAAUAGAGCUGAAUGAACAAUUUUCUAUCCUGAUGCGAUUCUUUCCUUUUUAUAAUCUUGGUGAGUCCUUUAUGAACUACGUUUUGGCCAAUGAGUUCAAUGAGGAUUUGGAUGUGUUGUUUCGCAUGCAACCCGCAAUGAUUUUAACGCUGUUGUUUGUCUGCAUGAUAUUUUACGAGACAUCUGCUGAGGUGAGUGUGCGCGUGUUUUUCCGAGAUCAAGUUAAUUCCCGGAUUUAUACACUGGUACAGAAAUUUCUCAAUUCUUUAUUUUCAUCUCACGAUGAGAGCAAUGAAGUUUCUGGCGAUGAGUCAUUUUAUCGCUGGAAGGAUUCAUCGCGUCUUUUUGCCUCGGAGGAUGAUUGUGUUGCGGAAGAGCGGGAGAAGCACUUCCCGGGCGACGAUAUUCGCGCCUCAACAGUUUGGAAGUUGUGCAAUGAUGUGUAUGCCUUGCAGAAUGUGACUCUCAGUUUGCAGAGUGAAACCCUUGUGGUGGUUGGCAUUAAUGGGAGCGGUAAGACGACCCUUUUGCGGUGUCUUUCCGGUCAAAUGCUUCCUUCCCAUGGCGAUGUGUAUCUGCAUGGCCACUGUACAACACGACGAGCGGCCUCUAAACUUGCCGCAAACGGUUUUAUGGGAUACCUCACGGAAUCAUUGUUUUUCAACCGUAGCAACAUUACACCGUAUCUUUUCCUCCAUAUUAUGGCAGACCUUCGUUUACUCCGACGUGAUGCUAAUCGUAGGAAACACCUGCUUUAUCUCAUACGUACACUGGGUAUUUGGCCCUACAUGCAUCGUUCCAUGAGAACGCUUAAUGCAUCCGUACAGCGACGUGUGCUUUUGGCGGCAGCCCUUAUCGGUUACCCUCCUGUUUUAAUUCUUGAUGAUGCAACGGAGUCACUGGAUCCAUGUUCAAGACGCCACGUUUGGGCAGCGAUCCGUUCGGCGCCGCAGGGGACCACGACGGUCUUCUCGUCGAAGCACCCCGACGACGUUGAGAUGAUUGGCGAUCGUGUUUUGGUUUUGGAUGAGGGCAUGAUGCGUUUCAUAGGGACUCCGGCUCAGUGGAACCAAAAGUACAGGAGAGGACUUUAUGUUUCCAUCGACGUCUCACGAUCGCAGGAAAUGCUGAGGUUGGACUGCUCAAAUUACUCGGGAGCAAUGGAGCAGUUGAAAAAAUACUUUUCCAAUCAUUGGCCGGACAGUCUGUUGAUUGAUUUCCGUCCUUUCCAUUACCUGUUCCUUGUCCCGCAUACUGUGCCCAACGACAAUGCAACGGGCACAUCUGCCUCACAAGGCCGUACGAUGCAAGGCGUUUUGGCCACACUCAUUCAAGGUAGAGGAUGCGGUUGGAAUUUGCCUGAAGACCGCGAGGGGAAUACGGAUGCAGGUGGCAGCCAAGUUUGUUUUCCCUGUUCCAUUACAAUUUCAGAAACAACGAUUGAGCGUACGAUGAUGAAUGCUUUUCGUGAAACUGUUGCCUUUAAAACAGCCGCUCGCGGCUUGAACGACCGUACCUUUCGUAUACCUCCACGAGAUUGA